CAUGUUGACAAUGGAGUAAAGAAGAAAGUAUUUUUAAUACCCGAAAGAAAAAUAAUAUUCGUUUUUUACAAUAACUAUAACAAAAUAAGUAAUACGUGUGAAGUGUAUGAUAAAUGUAUACGAUAUAAUGAAGAUAUAGAAGAGGAUGAAGAAGUUCUUAUAUAUAAAAAACAUGCCAUCUAUAAACAUUAUAUAAAUCAUGAUGAUGCUGUUGAAAAAAAUAUGUUAUAUUUACUUAAAGAAGAAGUUACCUUUUUUGAAGACAUUAAAUAUAUGUAUCAAAAUGUGAUAUGUUCUAUUAUGAAGGAAAAAGAAGACAUAAAUAAAAUGGAAGGGGAAUAUCAAUACAUGGCAAAUAAUAUCACCAAUUUAAGCGAAAUAAUUUAUCAUGAUAACGAAAAGAUAAAUUUUUUUAAUAAAAGUUUAAUGGAAGAUAAUUUGAACAUAUAUAAUUUUUAUAAGAAUUAUCCUUGGAAUGAUUAUUUAGAGAUAUCAAUGAAAAAUGAUUUUUUCAUGUCAAAAAAUAAAAUGCUCCAAAUUGAAAAUGCACCACAAGAAAUUGAUUAUGUCAAUUCUUACCAAAAAAUAAAAAAAAGCAACGAAAUAAAUAAAUCAACAUAA